CCCCACCCUGCAGCAACCACAUAUAAAUAACUGCACAUUCUUUAAAAAAGAAAGGACGUACUAAAGGACUGUUCAGAACAUUUUGCUUCAAACGAAAAACAAUGAAGACUGAGAUGAGAUUGGGAGUAAUUACUCUCCUUUGUAAGGUAUUUUUGUGUGGACUUGCGGAGGAGUCUCCAUGUACACCUGGCUUAGAGUCGGAGUUGCUGGUUUUUAAAGUGCACAGAGAUCACCUUUACAAGGGGAAAACACUAGGAAGAGUAAAUUUUAAUGCGAUGGAAAAACAAGAAUACUCUUUCGGUCUGAUGACAAGCGGUUUGAUGUGAACAUGGAUGGCACUGUAACACUGAAGAGAUCACUGAUUCUUCAUGAGGGUUAUGAGGUGUUUACUGUGCACGCUUGGGAUGCCAAUGGCAAGAAGCACACUGUAUCUAUCAGAGUUGAAUUGGUUGACCAUCUUAAGGGGCAUCAGAUGGAUACAGUCAUGAACGUCUCCUCUUUAAAGAUGAAACCUCCCUCUGAUGAUAUGAUUCUGACUUUUCCAAAGUCUUCAACGGGUCUAAAGAGAGCAAAGAGAGCUUGGUAUAUUCCUCCAUUCAAUGUACCUGAAAACAGCAGAGGUCCUUUCCCAAUGUGGCUGGUCCAGAUAAAGUCAGACUUUGCCCGGGAAACUCAAAUAGAAUACAGAAUCACAGGUGAAGGAGCGGAUCAAGACCCAAAGGGGAUUUUCACUGUUGACAGAUUGUCAGGGAAUCUCUAUGUGACUCAGCCACUCAACAGAGAAAAAAAAGCUUCAUACAGAAUUACAGCUCAUGCUGCAGCACUUUCUGCGAGUAGUACUGCAGAAAAACCAAUGGAAAUUGUCAUCCAUGUGAUCGACCAAAAUGAUAAUGAGCCUGUGUUUAUUCAAAAUCCUUUUAAUGGACAUGUUCGUGAAGAUGCUGGAAGAGCAAUGGCCCAGAUAUACUUUGUUAAUUAAAGCUGCUGACAUGGGCGGAAAUGGUUUGUCAACCACUGGCACAGCUGUUAUUACUGUUACUGAUGAAGAUUAUGAUUAUUCUGGAUCGCCUGCCUGGACUUCGAGAACGAACAAUAAUGCCAUUGUGUGUGCAAUGAUUUUUUUUUUUUUUUUUUUUUUAAUAAUUGAAUUUAUUUGAGUCUUGUUUAAGAGUCUUAUGUCAGGAAUACAGUAACAGUGAUUAUAACUCAUUACUUAUCGGCUUCCAUAAUGGAAACAUGCUCAUUAUUUUUUGUUCCAUUAUUUCCUAAUAUUGCUCACAUUGUAUUUGUUAAUUAUAUACAUUUUAUAAUUCACUAAUGAUUUAUUCAUAACUGUAAGGAUCAAUGUACAGCUGGAUGUUUUAUUUUAUUUUAUUUUAUAUUUUUAAAACUCAUACGCCAGGUUCACAGACAAAGCUUAAUCAGACUAAAAUGCAUGUGUGAGCUGUCUUCAACUGAAAGCAACUUGACUUUUACAGAAUCACAAGUAUUUCAUCUUUAUUUACUUUUAAUUUAAAGGGGGGUACUUUUGUACUGAUUUUUAGUCCUCCUGGGACAACUUUUGUAGCUUACUGUAAAUGUCUAAACAUUUUUUUUCUAAAUUGAAGUUUGAGAUCAUCCAGUUGGACAAUCAAGAUUAUUUUGAAUGGAAUAUGAGCAUUAUUGACAUGGUGGUCCAGAACAACACCACCAGGCAGAGGCCUGGGGAGAUGUUGAGACAGGAGCUUAACAAGCAUGGAUUCAAACUUCUUACAUUUUUUUACCUAUGAUGCAAGUGUGCAAAUUUUUUGUGUAGCUAAAAUGCAAUGAAAUUCUUUUUCAGAUGUAAAGGCAAGAUCAAUAAUUCAGAAUUCCCUGUUGAAGAAUUUCAAUAA